UUAUUCUACUUCAUGGGGGAAGCAGCUAGCAUCGGGGUACAGGGACUCAACCUUCACAAGAUGAUCAAAGCCACUCCUUCAAAGGCUUUGGUCAUAAGAAUCAACUUGGUUUUCCUAGCUUUCUUCCUCAUCAUCUAUGUCACUCUUUUUUUCCGGCCAUCGUCUUCCGUUUAUUUCCAGAACGCAGCAUCGCUCGUCCGAUGCUCCCUCCGUGAGUGCCAUCAGAAGGUGGAAACAGGGGUGAGGAUGAAGGCAAUUCUGGAGAAAACAGAGAAUCGGAGGAAGGGGAUGAAUGGGAGUAAGCUAGAGGUACCGGAGUUUAUGAAGGAAAUUGGGAGUGGAAUGAAGAUUGGGAUGGUGAAUUUGGAUGAAGAAGAUGUGAGUGAAUGGGAAAAGCAUGGAGAAACAAUUCCCAUUGGUUUCGAGAGAGCUUCGGAGCUUUUCGAAUGGCCAGAUUUGUUCCCAGAGUGGAUCGAUGAAGAGGAGGAAAUUGAUGGCGCGGCGUGCCCUGAGAUACCAAUGCCGGACUUGGAAAUGUAUGGAAGUAUGGACUUGAUAGUGGGUAGGCUGCCGUGCAAGUUUCCGGAGAAAGGGUGGGCGAGGGAAGUGUUCAGGCUGCAAGUUCAUCUUUUGGUAGCGAAAUUGGCAGUGAAAAAGGGGAAGAAGGAUGGGAAUGGGAAGACGAAAGUAGUGUUUCUGAGCAAGUGUCGGCCGAUGCUGGAGCUGUUCCGGUGUGAUGAUUUGGUGAAACAAGACGGAGAGUGGUGGUUCUACCAGCCGGAGACGGCGAGGUUGGAACAGAAAGUUUCGUUGCCGGUGGGUUCCUGCAACUUGGCUUUGCCGCUGUGGGAAAAAGGAGUUGAUGAGGUAUAUGAUGUGUCUGAGAUUCAAAGAAGGAUAAGGACUAGUGUCAAACGUGAAGCCUACGCCACCGUCCUACAUUCCAAGGAAACAUACGUUUGUGGCGCCAUUGCCCUUGCACAGAGCCUCCUCAACACAGGCACUAAGCGCGACCUCGUCCUCCUCAUCGACAAGUCCAUCUCCGCCCCCAAACGCGAGGCUCUUGCGGCGGCGGGAUGGAAGAUUCGGCUCAUCAAAAGAAUCCGAAACCCAAGAGCCGAGAAGGGUUCUUACAACGAGUACAACUACAGCAAGUUCAGAUUAUGGCAGCUGACCGAUUACAACAAGGUCAUAUUCAUUGACGCCGACAUCCUUGUCCUACGCAAUCUUGACCUUCUCUUCCAUUUCCCUCAGAUGACUGCUACAGGCAAUGAUGUCUGGAUUUUCAAUUCGGGCAUUAUGGUGAUUGAACCAUCAAAUUGCACGUUUAAAAUGUUAAUGGAGAAUCGGAGAGAAAUCGUCUCGUACAAUGGCGGUGACCAGGGGUUCCUGAAUGAGAUCUUCGUGUGGUGGCAUAGGUUACCCAGGAGAGUGAACUUUCUGAAGAAUUUCUGGGCAAAUAACACUGUUGAGACGGGUCUCAAGAACCAGCUUUUUGGUGCUGAUCCACCGAAAGUUUAUUCAAUUCACUAUUUGGGUCUGAAACCUUGGAUGUGCUACAGGGAUUAUGACUGUAACUGGGACAAAUUGGAUCAACAAGUGUACGCUAGCGACGUGGCCCACGAGAGAUGGUGGAAGGUUCAUGACACUAUGGAUGAGAAGUUGCAGAAGUUUUGUGGGUUAACGAAGGUGAGAAGGAUUGAAUUGGAUUGGGACAAGAGGAAGGCCAGAGAGGGUGGGCUCAAAGAUGAACAUUGGAGGAUCAAUAUUACAGAUCCUAGAAGGAAAAACUUGAUUGAUUAAAUUUUUUUUCCUUUUCUUUUUGUAGAAAUUAAUGCAUGUUUUGACA